AUGGUGUUAAAAGCGCCCACGGGGAGUGCGGGCACUAGCGGCCCUAAAAAUCCCUUGACGGCCACCGCGAAAGAGAAGGAAAUCGCUUUGCAGGAAGCAAAGUCCCAGCAGCUUGAGCAGGAGUUCAAGACGAAGCACCUUGGUAUAUUGGGGGUGCUACUAUGGGUCUUGCUCCUGCACGUUGCCGGCAUUUACUUCUUCACCAAGGGCUUCCUCCUCACGCGCAUGGUUCUCGAAAAUAAAUCUUCCUGUGAUAUCCUUCCUUUCGACGACGUCUCGGGUAAAGCGGUUUCAUCUUCAACGGGGGGCAAGAAAGGUUGCUGGCAUGAUAAGACCUUCGACAAGGCCGUUGUGAUUAUCAUUGAUGCCCUCCGUUAUGACUUCACCGUGCCUUUCGCCUCAAUGGACCAGGACGAAGCUGCUCAUCUGUUCCAUGACAACAUCCCGGUUCUCUAUGAGACUGCGGUCAACAACCCCAGCAACGCUUUCUUGCUCCCCUUCAUUGCCGACCCGCCUACUACCACUCUGCAGCGUCUGAAGGGACUGACUACUGGAACCCUGCCCACCUUCAUUGACGCAGGAUCCAAUUUCGCUGGUACUGCCAUCGACGAGGAUAACCUGGUCGCCCAACUGCACAGCGCUGGAAAGACCCUCGUCCAGCUCGGCGAUGAUACCUGGCAGUCACUGUUCCCGGGCUACUUCGAUGCUAACCUCACGCACCCAUAUGACUCGUUCAACGUGUGGGACUUGCACACUGUCGACAACGGCGUCAACGAGCACUUGUUCCCACUCCUUCAACCGGAGAACAAGGGCAAGUGGGACGUGAUCUUCGGCCAUUAUCUGGGCGUUGACCACGCUGGACACCGCUAUGGACCCAAUCACGUCGCUAUGGCUGCCAAGCUGCAAGAAAUGGACCGAGUCAUUCGUAAGAUCAUUGCUUCUCUGGAUGAUGAUACGCUGCUUGUUGUGAUGGGUGACCACGGUAUGGACACCAAGGGUGAUCAUGGUGGUGAGUCGGACGACGAGGUCCAGGCUGCAUUGUGGAUGUAUUCCAAGCGUGGUGUGUUCGGUCGCACUAGCAAGGACACCCUCCUGCCGCCGAAGCACGCCCGCGAGCGCUUUGUCCCGCAGAUCGACCUCGUCCCGACUCUGUCGCUCCUCCUUGGUAUGCCCAUUCCGUUCAACAACUUGGGCUCGCCCAUCGAAGAGGCGUUUGCCGGUUCGAGCGGUAAUGACUGGUCGAAUCUACUGGCUGUUAACCGCCUGUCGGCGGCGCAGAUCAAGAGAUACCAGCAUGCAUAUGCAACUGCCCGAGGCGCCGGUGAUGACGAGGAGUCGUUCGCACUAUGGACAGCUGCCGAGGAGGAAUGGAAGUCCGCCUCCAAGGGCUUCACAUCCAAGUCGACUACGGUCCGUUCCAGCUAUCAACUCUACCGCAAGUACCAGCGACACACUCUAGAGAUUUGCCGUGGUCUCUGGGCGCGCUUCGAUGUGCCCAGCAUGAUCGCAGGAGUUGCGCUUCUGUUCUUCGGCAUCUCUCUGCUGGUGUUGUAUGCCCGCGGAAUGAAGAUCGACCGUACCGAACUCACCCCGUCUCUCCUCUCGUUUGUUGGUGCUGGAACUGGACUUGGAGCUGUGGCUGGUGUUGUAUUGGUUCUCUUUGGAUUCACUGAUAUGGCUACCAUUGACGCCUCUGCCCUCCUGGCUGCAUUCGGAAGCAUGGCUGGGGGCCUUUUUGCGUUGGUCAAGAAGCCCGAGAACCUGACGCUGCCUAUCCCUAAUGGCAUGUGGGGAUGUCUCGCUUUCUUCUUCACCGUUUCUCAGUCCCUUGGUUAUGCGUCAAACUCGUAUACCAUUUGGGAAGAUGAGAUUCUCCUGUUCUUCCUGACGACAUUCGGCGUGUGUGCUGGUAUCUCGUCCAUGCGUCAGAAGUCCACUACAGACCGUGUCCUUGGCGUGUACCACUCCAUUCUCUUCGUGAUUCUGGGCCGAGUUGCCUCAUUUUCCCGUCUUUGCCGUGAGGAGCAGAUGCCAUUCUGUCGCUCGACUUACUACGCUUCGUCUACCUCGUCCAUCUCUGCUCCCUGGCAGCUGGCUAUUCCCUUCCUGGUGGCUCUCAUUCUCCCUGGUGUCGUGCGAUCUUUCUACGCCGGAUCCAAGUCCUACGAAGGUGCUGCUACUCUAUGGAUUGGCUUUGCCUUCCGUCUGGGUCUUCUGAUCACUUCUCUGUUCUGGAUGCUCGAAGGCGCUGAUGACGGCGAGUGGUUGCCACUCCGCAAAGAAACUCUCAAGUCUGUCCGCGUCUUCCUCGCCCAACUGGUUCUCGCUCUUGCCUUCGGUGCCGGCACAGGCGCAUACCUCUACUCCAAGCCCUGUAUCAGUAUCAGCGUGAACAAACCAACCGAAGACCCCAACGCCCCUCCAGCCCCCGUUAUCCUCGGCCAACAGCAACAACCACGGACAACCGUGACAAUCCUUGGCUUCGGCAACGUCUACGGUACACGCUUCUUUUUCCUUGUCGUCAACUUCGCCCUCGCAGUUAUCCUCAUGCAAAAGCCCAUGGGCCAAGGCGCCAUCGCCCUUCUAAUCUGCCAAAUCCUGUCUCUCCUCGAAAUCCUCGACACAAACGCCCUCACUCUCACAAACUCGCCCAUCGGCCCCGUCGUCCUCGGCCUCCUCGGCUCCUUCUACUUCUUCAAAACCGGCCACCAGGCCGUCCUCAGCUCCAUCCAGUGGGAAACCGCCUUCAUUCCCAUGUCAACCAUCAAAUACCCCUGGUCCCCUCUCCUAGUUAUCCUGAACACUUUCGGCGCGCAGAUCCUCGCCGCGAUCGCCGUCCCACUAACCGUCCUUUGGAAACGGCCUUUACAGACGCACGAUCGCGUCUCGCAAUCUUCGAGCACGAAGGUGGCUAAUCCCGCCUCCAGGCUCCUCUCGGACGUCGUUCAGGCUGCGUCCACGCACAUGCUGUAUCUCGCGACUAUUAAUCUCGCGACGACCAUGUGGGCGGGCCACCUGCGUCGCCACCUGAUGCUAUACCGUAUUUUCAGCCCACGCUUCAUGAUGGGCGCUGUUGUGUUGGGCGUCGUUGACGUUGUCCUUAUGCUCUUUGCUGUUGCAGGCGUGCGUUGGAGCACGCUUAGCGUUGGAGAGAUCUUUGGUUGGUGA